AUGGGAGGUUCACAAUCUAUAUUCUCAAGGGGAGAACAUGAAUUAUUGAAGAGUUGGGCUAAGUCACAUAAUAUAGUAGCUAAAAUAAAUUAUAUCAUAAGUAAAACUAAUUCCUUAAGUAGAAGGGGUAUUAAGAAAUAUGAUUUUAGAAAAGAAUGCUUACAUCUAGUGAAUUUUCUAAUUAAACAAAAGAAUGCACGUCCAAAUAUUUUGUCAGAGAAAAGGUGGGAAGCACUACUUAGAGAAUAUUUAAGUACAUAUUUUAACAAUCCUUCUAUACAUGGAAUAUGUCCUUUUAUAUUAAAGGAGCAAGAAAGAGAACUUUUAAAAUUAUCAUAUAAGGCACAAGAUUUCUGUAAAGAAAAAAAUGAUCGGCUAAAAUUGCUAAUACCCUAUAAAACAGAAAAUAAAAAUUCAUAUAAAUGUAACAAUGAUCCUAAAUGUAUAACAAACUUUAAAGAAUAUAAUGCGUGGAUUAUAAAUACAAGAGAAGGUUUUUUUCGAAACAGAAUCUUUAAGAUAUCCCAAGCAAUACCACAAGAAAUCGAUUUUUCGAGAGACGAAUUAUGCGAUGUAUUCAAUGAUAAAACUUUUCAUGAACUCGUAAUCGAAGACUUGGAUAAAAAUGUAUACAUUCAAGAUUCGUAUCAAGGACAUGAAAUAAUUACAGAAAAUGUAGGAGAACGAAAUUCAACAAUAGAUUCACAUACACAGGAAUAUAAAACUGCUCACGAAGAUGAAUCUCACUCAUCUGAUACAUCUGAGCAAGAUCCAGUACCACAAUCCGAUACUUCUGAAGAACAAAUGUUAAAAAUUCAACCUGAAGAUAAGUACUUAGAACAAAAUUUAUUAUUGCAAGUUCUUAAACAAUUGGAAACUCCUCAAGGUACAAUAAAACCUUUACUUGAAGGCAUAUACUUAAGUCUACAUGGAAAUAUAUCUAUUACAUACGUAUCAUUUUUUUUAAUAAUUUUUCCAGUUGUUAUACUCUUUUUCCUUUUUAUUAAAUACGCUUCAAAGAUGAUGUUUAAACAAAAGAAAAAGAUAAAAAGAAGACAUUUGAAGUUAAUGAAAAUAGUAACACCUUCACUUGCUGAUGGAAAAAGUAAGUGUUUAACGCAUACACAUAUAGAAGAUCCCUUAUAUAAUGAUGAAAAAAAUGCAAAAAGUGUAAUAUUACGUGAACACAAAAUGAACAAAAACAUAAAAACAUCAAAGAGAAAAAAGGACAGAACAAAAACUAUUAUAGAAAUACAUAUGCAAGUGCUUGAAGAAUGCAGAAAUGAAGAAUGGGAAUCCAAUAAAGGAGAAUUUUUAAAAAUAUGCUUAGAAGUGUUUACUAAUGAAAAAUAUAAAAUUUAUCCUCAUUUAACAAACGAAGAACUGAUAAUGGAAAGUACUAAAAGAAUGAAUGACGCUGAACUACAAAAAUUGCUGUGGAAUAAAUGGGUAGAAAGACAUGGAAACCUCUUAGAAAAAUUGAAAAAAGAGGAUUGGUUUAUCAAUUUGAAAAAUGAAUGGAAAAAGGAAAAAGCUUACAUAAAAAAAAUGGAAGAAUUAAAAAAGAAAUCUUCUAAUGAAAACCACAACUUUUCAUUUUUAGAAAGAGAAAAAGAUAUAUGGAAACAGUGGAUAUUCAAAAAGGGUACUAUUAUAGAACAGUAUUUGGAACAGGAAUUGUUUAAAUCAUCGGAAGAGAAGUUGCAGAAUAUGUUAUAUAAGUUCGAAAUUGAAGAAACUAUAAAUGACGUAACAUUAAUAAGUAUAGAAGAACUGCAGUACAACAAAUGUUAUCAAGAAUUCUAUAAAUACGUAAAAACAAAAGUACUAGCAAAACUUUGUAUUCUCGUAUUUAUGAUGGUAUUAGAAGAAUGUAAAAAAGAGCGCUUUAUAGAAAAUAGUGAAUCGUAUUUUGAUAGUUCCAUAAAUGAAUGGAAGAGAGAAGCAAAUUCAACGAAAGUAUCAGAAAUUAUAAAAAGCACAACUAAUGUUAAAGGGGACAUUUCGGAAAAUAAGGAAAAUACUGAUCAUAUAGAAGAAAACUUUAGAAAGGAUAUAGUUCAUUGGAUAAGUGAAGAAGAUAAAUAUAUAAAUUUCAUAGUUAAUAAUGAGCAGGUUGACAAAUCUUCUUAA